AUGUCGCGCCACCAAGAGAAGCAGCUUCACGCGCUCUACGACGUCCCCGGGACCGGCUUCCGCGACGACCCGAAGUCGCCGAUGUAUAACCAGUACCACCGCCUGGGCUGGCAGGUGGACUACAAAGCCGAGGAGCAGUACUGGAACGAGGAGGACCUGAGGGUCAACCCGAUCGUCGUCAUGAACAUCCCGGACGGGAUCGUGGGCCCGGACCCGGUCGAGGCGGCGUGCGAAGCCUACGGCGCGGUGAAGACGAUCAACCGACCGGAGGGGAAAGAUUUCGCAUUCGUCACCUACCGCGACGACGGCGCCGCGAAGGACGCGAUCGCGGGAGGGAUCGCGCUGGGCGAUGCCGACGUGUCAGCGAAUGAUUCGUCGGGUGCUGACGCGGGUGCCGACGCGGGUGCCGACGCGGGUGCCGAGCAGCCCGCCAAGAAGGAGCCCGUGUGGGCCAAGUACGCGGCGAUCAAAGCCGAGAGGGAUUCGAAGCCUUCGGAGGACCCGUGCGAUCAGAUCAACAGGAAGAAAAGAUUCAUGCAGAUGUACCCGCAGUGGGUGCGGACGUGA